UCUGGCAGUAGCUCCGUUUGAUUUAGACGAACAUAAGAAUAGAAUAGUACAAUUAAAAGUAUUUGCAGAAACGAGAAAUCCGACGUGUGACGUUGAUAAUAUUUUGUUAUUUUUAUCGCAAACAACAUGUAUCCGUCGGUUACUUAGCACUCAGUAUGAAGAAAAUCUAAAAAGAAAAGUAUUAACACAAUGUCGCAAUCAGAAGAUGUUUAUGCUCCAGAGGAACCAACGCCUGACAUUGCAAUAUCUUUACUUGAUAUACAAAUGCCAGAAACACCAGAAAGUACAAAAGGUCAAAUUAGUGAUGGAGAUACACCUAGAUUGGAAAGUCCUAAAAUGCUCAAACCUGUAUUAGGAAAACUACAAGCUAAAAAGAGAUUGAUGGCAUUUGCUAAUAAAUUUAAUGUACCAUCAAAAAUUCAAAAUAAAUCCAGUUUGCUUCAAGCACACUCCACCAAAGCUUCUAAGUCUAAAAGUAUGUCAAGUGACAAUGGAAAAUCUUUACAAAAUGAUUCAAGCACAAUAUUAAAUGUGGAUUCAGAUUCUAUACAAUUUCAUAAUCGUCAUUCAAGUAAAUCAAAAAAGAAAACAGAAGAAAAGAUAUUGGCAAUUGAAGAAAUUAGACGAGAAGAAUCCAAAAGUAAAAUGUUAUUAGCAGAAGCUAUGGCUGCAGCUAAUUUGGAAGAAGAAAAUUAUGCAAAUAGAAAUGGACAAAAUUUAUUAGAAAAUGUAAAAAUUAUAAGAGAGAGAAAUAGACAAGACGAAAUUAAUGUUUUUCAUAAAAAUACUUCAAAAUCAGCAAUAGAAAGUAAAUAUUCAGAAAGAAGACGAUAUGGAAGAGAAGAACGAAGAGAUAGUGCAAAUAGGGAGUCAAGAGAUUACAAUGGUAGUAAAGAACGAUACUAUAAAAUAUCUCAUGAUAAAGAACAACGUAGAAAAGAUAAAGAUAAGAAAGAUGAUAAAGAUAAGCGAGAAGAUAAUAAUAAAUAUGAAGAAAGUAGAGAUAGAAAAGAUGAGGAAAGAGAUAAAAAAGAUAAUGAUAGAGAUAAAUGGGAAGAUGCACGAGAAAAGAAAGGAGUAAAAGAAAAAAGAGAGUGCUUUAAGGAAAAGAGAAGUGCUUCACAGGAAAGACCUGAAAUCAAGGAUAGAAGAGAGAAAGAGAAAGAGAAAGACAAAGAUAAAGGAAAAGAGAAAGAUGUAAUAAAUUCUGCUUCAUGGACAGAGUUAAAAAAAAGUGGUAUAAUGAUGGAAGAUAUUAUUGAGAUUAGAAGACGUGAUCACUCCGAACGAUCAACAAAAAAUAGAACAGCUGAAGAUUAUUUACGUCACUUCGAACAGAUGUUAAUGUUAAAUGAUUGUCGCUUGAAACGUUACGCUUUUAUUGCCGAAGGGCUGGACGGUCCUAAAGAAUACCCUCCUGAGUCAAUAAAACUAACUAAACGGGGAAGGCCUCAACUAUUUUAUUCUGAAAAUCCUCGUAUGUCUCUUUUCAUCAAUCAUCAACAGAUUCUUCAAGCAAUUAUUACUGAUCAACGUGAAAAGAUGCAGGAAAUUUGUGAUGCAAACUUUAUACGAAAUGAUGAAGAAGAAGAAGAAGCAGAAAAGCCUCAAGGUAUACGUAAUUGGUAUCCAAAAUCAGGUAUAUGUAAGUCUGAUGAAAACACUAAAUGGCAUGUAUCCAUUAGUGUACAACUGCCUAGAUCAAAAUGGGAUAGUGAAGAUGAAGAUAGAUUAUCCAAUGAUAGUGAGCAAGAACAAGACAAUGAAACCAAGUCGAGCAACAUUGCUUUAGAGCAAGAAGCAGAAGAAUUUUCUCCACAGUUAAGUACAAUAGAAGAUGUCAGCGAAGACAAGAAAAUUAUCAAUGAAGAUGAAGCUUUUGUUAAAAAGAUAAAUAAUAACAGACAAUCAGCAUCUCCUUUAUUACAAUCUGCAGGCAACGAAAAACUAGCAUCGGAAUAUGAACAGUUCAUGAAGAUGGUUUGCAGUGAUAUACCUGUAUCAAAAGAAUUUUCUCCAAAACCUCUUGCAUCAACGUUAAGUUAUCAUGACUUUAAUAUAGAAACUAACUUGCCAGAUGACAAUAAUUUCCAGUUUGUAGAACAUAGUAUCUCUGGGAAGUCUGAUAAAAGUGAUUCAAGUAAAAUUGAAGAAAAAUACAAAUCUAACGAAAGUCGACAGAGUCCAGAGAAAAUUUCAAAAAUUGAAGAUGAUCAAGUGUCAUCAAGCAGUUCUCAUAUUCAAGUUCAAAAACGUAUAAGAGUAGAGAGCAAAAAUGUGCGUGAUAAAAGUGAAUCAGAAGAUUCAAAAUCUAUACCUAGUGAUUGGGAAAACGUACGAAUCAAAGUCGAACGUAUGAGUGAUGAGAAUUCUGAUUCUAGAGAGACAAAAAAAAAGAAGAAACAAAAAAAAGUCAUUUCUAGCAGCAGUGAAUCAUCUAGUUCGUCAAGUUCUUCUGAUUCUGAGGAAGAAGUAAAAAGAAAAAAGAGAAAACGAAAAAUAUCGAAUGAUUCCGAUUCGUUAACAGAUUCAGAUAGUAGCGACAGUAGUACUAACAGUAGCGAUUCUUCUAGUUCUGAUGAUAAACGAAAGAAAAGAAAGAAGAAAAAACGAAAAGCUGAAAAAAGAAAGAGAAAAGCAAAACGUAUAGCAAGAACAAAAAAGAAGAGAAAAAGAAAAGUCAGUUCUGACUCUAGCAGUACUGACUCAUCAGAAGAUAGAAGAAAAAAAAGGGUGGUAAAUAAAAAGUCUAAACAGAAAAAAGAAUAUAGUAAUAAACAAGAUAGCAGUGAAAAUAUACAAAAGCCACCUUUAGAGUCCUCUUCGGUAGAAAAUACAAAAUUGAUCCGUACACAAGUUCCUUUGAAAAAGAUUAAAGAGGAAGUAAAGGUAGAAAGUAGUAAACGCCCUACAGAUAAACACGACGUUUGGAGCAAAGAACAGGAAUUAGUUAGAAAGACGAUUUCUAAUAACGAUGUGCAUAACAAAGGUCACAAAGAUGAAGAAAAAAGAAAUAAAGCUGAUGAACGAUAUUUAGAAGAAUGGGAAAUGGAAUCUGUAAUUAUAUCACAGAAAGGGGAGAAACUGUCAAAAAAUAAUGUCGAAAAAGUAGAAAAUGCUGAAAUAAGUAAUAUUCGAAAGGUGGAAAAAAAGGAUGAACGAAAUAAAAAGGAUGACAAAAGUAAAAAAGAUGAACGUUUUAAAGAAAAAUGUCCAAGUAUUAAUAAGGAAAUCAUGCCAGGAAAUUUAAAGAUAGAAGAAGACACUGAUGGAAAGAAAAAAAGGAAAAGAGAAAAAGAGAAAAAGAAUAGUAAUGAAUUUUUAACUGAUUGGGAGAAAGAGAGCGAACGGAUAUCUCAACAAAUAAUGCAAGACGAAAUCAAGCUUUCCAAAAAGCAGAAAAAAGAAAAAUGGGGAGAAACUGAAUUCGACACUUUGAAUGUUCUAUCAUUGACGCAACUUGAAAGGGAAGUAAGUAAAAGACAGCUAUUAGCAGACGAAUGGGAAGUAGAUAGCUUAGAAGCUGUACCUAAUUUGAUGAUUAAUAAAAAGAAACCCACGCGUACUUCAAAGAAACUAGAGAAGGAAGUUCGAUAUGACAAGAAAACAGAUACAUAUAUUUCUAUAGAAAAAGAAACUUUAAAAGAAUGUAAGAAGAGACAAGACAGAUUGUCAGCAAUGAGAAUCUGGGAAGAGGAACAAGAAGAAGGGGAGAGAGAAGCUAUGAUGCUUCUAGAACAAAAAAACAAGAGGAAAAAUGAUGAUUGGGACAUUGAAGAAGAAUCAUUUCUACGAGAAAAAAAUGAUAGGAAAGAAAAUAUAGAAGAUAGCAUCACUAUAAUGGAUAGCAUUCAUAAGGAAGUAAAUAUGGUUAGCAAAAAUGUAGAUACAUCAAUGAAACAUGAUGUUAUUACAAACAAAAAAAAUAAGAAAAGUCGCUGGGACAUGGAGUCGCAAUCUGGAGAGAAAUUAAAACUAAAAGCUCCUGUUAUGUGGGAGGAAGAGUGUGCGGAAUGGACGAAAGUGAAUAAAUUCGAUCAUAAAAUAGACAGAGCAUCUUUAGAAUGUUGUGAUUCGAUAUUACCUAAAACGAAAAUAAAAGACGAAAAUGUUUGUGUAGUUGAACAAUCGAGAAAAUCUGUAUCAAAAAAUUCAACAAGUUCAGAAAUUAUCGAUUUAUUCCCUAGAAAACCUCAGGAUGUAGACUUGUUAGAAUCAUCCUGGACUUCAGAUGAACAUGCUAGAAGCAAAUUACGAAUAAGAAGCUUAGAUAAUAACUCUCAGAAAGAUACGUUCUUUGAUCAAACAAAAGAACUGACACCUUCGAAGGAACAAUGUACUGUAGAACAAUUAAAGGACAUAUUUGAGAUAGAUGUGAAAUUAACGAAGAAAAACACUGAAUUGUAUAGUCCCAGUUCUCCAGCUGGAUCCCAGAAAUCUGAGGAUAUAGAAGCUUUCAAUAACAAUCACACAAGUCCUUUAAAUCGAAAGGAAAGUCUCCUCCAAGACAAACCAAAGAACGAAAUUUUGAUCAAAUCUGAUGAAGAAUUCGUUCCCAAUAUACCUCUUCAAAUAAAGUAUCGUGAUGGCAAAUAUGCAAAAUCUACAAUGAUAAAGAAAGAAUUUGAAGAAAUUUUAGGUAUGCAAAAGGCAGAGGAUCAGACUGUUCAGGACAAAUUUGAUGUGAAAGUUUCUGAAAGUUCUCCCGAUCUUUCAAUUAACGAAUCAUAUCCAGAUUCGAAUUAUAAAUCGUUACGGAUGGAUAUAUUUGCAGAAUAUGAAUCCGAUGAAUCAUGUGGAAAAUUAAGUAACAAAAACUCUGAAACAGUAUCUUCAUCUGCUAGCAUAAAAGGUGGAGAUGAAUCUAAUGAAGGAAAAGCAGCUCUUAAAUUAAUUCCCAAACAAUUGUUAGUUCGACGAAACAACGAACGUGUGAAAACAAAAUUAAUUUCAGAUGAUCCGGUACAACAUGCUGCAGCUCUAUUAACUAUCCAAAAAAAGCUUCGGGAGUCGCAUGCUGUGAGGAACGACAUAAAGAAUACAUCUUGUGAAGAAUCUUCUACUGAAUUUAAGAUUGAGUGUGAAAAAGCAACUAACAUUCACGCACCGAUUGCUGAAGUUAUUCCUACAGAACAGACAACUAUUACAGAUGUUAAGGUGGAUUCCAAAGAUGUAUCGAUAACUGUAAAGACUUCAAUUAUCACAAAAUCAGAAUCACCAGGCGCAGUGAAGCUCGAUUUCAAUGAAUAUAAAUCUGGAGAUAAAGGAAUUAAACUGGAAGAAUAUAAAAAAUCUAGACCACUUAGCACUAAAGAUGUUAGUGAUACAGAGAGUCAGAUGAGGUCACCGAGCAGAGAACAGAAAAAAAAGAGCCCUAGUAGAAGAGAAAACAGAGAAGAUAAACGAAUUAGUGAUCGUAGUAAAGAAAAAAGAGAUAAAAAAUUUGACGAUAGAGAAAGAGGAGAUAAAAAGGAUAAUAGGAGUUCAAAACAAGAGUACAAUGAAAGCAGAAGAAGACCCAGUCCUUCCGGUAGUCGUAUUAAGAAAAGAAGAAGUACCUCUUGGGAACGGGACGAAAGUCGUAGCGAAAGCCAUAGUCGUAGUUGGAGUAGAAGUAGAAGCAAGAGUCCAAAGAAAAAGGAAGAAUCGCUUGCAAGUUCUUCCACCAAAGAAAAACGAUCAAAUAGAAUGGACGAUGAUAGAUCUGGUAGAUCUAGAGUAGAUGAUAGAAGGGAAAGAUCUCUAAGGAGUCCACCUCGAUCUAACACUGCCCCAUAUAACAAAGAUCAUUUUAAGAAACAUACAUCCACUAAAGGAGAUCGAGAUGAGUGGAAUAGAAGAAAAUAUGAUUGCAUGGAAAGAGAAAAAGAAACUAGAUCGUAUGAACCAAUAGAAGUAUUAAGGGAAAGAAACAUAGAUCCUGAUAGACAUAGAGAUAGUAGGUUUCGUGGAGAUGAAACAGAUCGAUCAUUGUGGUUAUAUGAAACGGAAAACAUACUUCGGGAUGGAAAUGAGUCUUUGGAUUCCUAUUCCAAUGGUCAAGAUCUAGAUCUUGAUUAUGAAGAAAAAGCAUACUAUAGGGAUGACAGUAUUGAAAGAGAUAUCAUGGAAGGUCCUUUCCGUCCUUCAUCAAAAUUCAAACAUAGAAAAAGUAGGCUCAGUACGAGAAGAGACAGACAAUGGGAGAAAGAAAGAGAAUCAUUGGAUCUAGAUAGACAUGGACACGUUCGACGAUCAGAAAAACUACCACCAUCUAGAGGUCGGUUGUCACCACGGCUACGAAGAUCACCCCCUAGAUCUUCACACGACCGCUUUAGACGUGGUUCUAGAUCGCGAUCGAAGUCAUGGUCAAGGUCAAGAUCACGAUCUAGAUCAAGAUCUAGGUCUAGAUCACGAUCGCGAUCAAGAUCCAGGUCUCGAUCCAUCAUACGUUCAAGGUCUCGAUCCAGGUCAGGAUCUCGAUCAAGAACCAGAUCUACUUCAGACUCUAGAAUAAGAAGUCCAGAUCACUUACGAAUAACGGAACGCUUACGAACUUCUAGAUCACCUUCUGUGGGACGAGGUAGAGUCAGCGAAAGUUCAAGGGAAAGGAAGGAUGAACACGAUAAUAUGAAACUAAAUAGCUGUGCUGAGAGAGGUAGACGAAUAGAAACGAUCGUGCAGUCCGUGUCCGGUUUAUCUAGGGAUUCGACUGUAUUAGACUCGGAAAUGCACAUCGGUGACAAUAUGGAGACAGUCGCAGCAGGUUUUCAAUAUUCGACUGAAAAUGAAGUUGGAAAUGAAUACUAUUAUACAGAGAAUAACUUGACUUACCCACCGUGCAUUGAUGACACUGUAGCGAAUUCUCCAAAACGUUUGUCCCUUGAUGAUAGACUAGAACUUGAACUGGGAAUUAAGAAGCAACAGGAUGGUACAGGAGUGUCGAAUGAUUAUGGAGAUAACUUCAAUUCCAAUGUAUGUUAUCCAUCACCACCUCAACAACAACAGCAAGUGCUGUACCGCCAACAACCUACUGUAUUACAGGUGGGCAAUGUGUUGCAAGUAGUACCUGCAGAUUUCAAUGGAAUCCCAGCAGCGCAUAGGGAGCCGACUAACUCUUCAACAGCACCGAUUGUACGAGGUUCCAGUCAAGUAGUUCGCGUAGGUAAUGUUCUUCAAGUUGUACCGACGUCAUUAGAUUGGAGCGGCGGACAACCCUCGUCGGUCGAUCAAUCAGGAGGGAUGAUGUAUUCCGCAACAGUCCCUCAACCUUCUCCGGUUCCCUCAGUCCCUAUAUCUGUACCUGUUCCAGUUCCUGUGCCCAUGCCUGUACCAGCUGUUCCACCCACCAUAAGCUCAUCAACGCCAGUUUCUACUUUGUCUCCAGUUCCAUUGCCUAUUUCCGUUCCUGUUCCUGGUCCCGUCCCGCUUCCAGUAACACAAACGACGUUCCCUAGAACUGAAGUCGCAUCGCAGAUUCCAGUUCUGCCAGUAUAUAAUUACGAAGUUAUCUUAGAAACUCGUAGAAAAGAACAGGAAGAACGUAAACGACUACGAGAAAUUAGGAGAAAAGAUAAAGAACGUAGACGAAUUGAAAGAAUUAAUCGUCGUGCUUUGCAACUGCUAGAAAAAAGUAACAUACGCCAGUCAGAGAAUACGAAUCAGCAAAAGAGUCCAAGCUUGGAUCCAUCUGUUUUGAAGGCUCUUCGGGAAAAUGAAGAACAUGUCAAUAUGGAUGGAAAGCAAACUUCUUCUGCUAUUUUUGAGAAAGAUGAAGAAAUGCCGGUUGUCGCAUCAUCUGCUUCUACGGAAGAGGAGGAAGUGCCUGUUGAAGAAGAUGAGGAAGAAGAAGAAGAGGAGGAGGCCGAAGUGGAGGAUGACGAAGAAGAUGAAGAAGAGGCGGAAGAUGACGAAGAAGAAGAAGAAGAAGACGAUGAAAAAUCACGUUUAAAUAAAUUGAAAAACGAAGUUGAUGAAGUUACUGCGACAAUAGCGACAGAUGAAAUGAAUAAGAUCCAAAUCGAUCCAGAAUCCAAAGAAUGGCCAGAGUUACCUCCUCCACCUUUAAAAGGAAUUUUAGUUGCAUCAGGUUUCAGGAGAACCUCAGUUCCGAAUGGUAACUUGGAUGAUCUCUCUACCCCUGAAAAUGAAAGUGGCGACAAUACAGAUAAAGAGGGUUUCGAAGCAGAUAAGAAUGAAUCUACCAAAGGCGAAAAUGGUGAGAAUAAGAUAAGCAAAUUGAAGAUUCAACUGAAAAAAUCAAAAUUAGCGAAAUUAUACAAGAGAAAACAAAGGAGUAAAAAAUCUGUACAAUUCGCGGAUGGAAUCAAACCUGGAGAAGGUACUAGUCCUAGUGGCGGAGAAGGGGACAUGCCUUCUCCACCACCGCCCACAUCUGGAAUUACUCGAGGUGGAAUUCGAGAUGCCCGAAGAUCUCGCUCUAGAAAGAGUAGUAAGCAAGAGAAAAGAACACGACCACCCAAAACAAAGAAAAAAGUGAAGGUGAAGAUCAUAAAAUUGAAGAAGCCCCGUGUCACUCCAUUAACGGCAAUGAUGAUGGACGAUUCAGAUGAAUUGGAUGAUCGUUCUCCGCCACCGCCACCUCCAGGAUCUCCUCCGCCGCCACAUCUUUGGCCAAGUUACCUAUCUGCUUACAACGCUAUCAAUCGUACCAGCGAGACUCAAUCAACGACUUUAAUUCCGAACACUGUUCAAGCUCCUCCGCCUCCUACUCCGCUGCCUCUAUUAGUUCCUCCUCCUCCUUUGAAUUACACGAUACAACCUUGCAGUAAGGCGUAAUGUUUUUUAUAUUUUAGCUAGCAUUAUCUUAUGAUAACACGUAACAAUCGUAGAUGUUAAGCUUGUAAAAUGAACAAUAUAUGAACAUUUAUUUCUUCAUACAGAGACAAAGAGACAAAAAAUAAAAAUUCGUAGGUGUGGCCUUGAUAUAAAGGUUUUGUGAGAUCGUUGAAACUUUAUGCGUGACUUAAGCAUCAAAAGUAAUGUAUUAUUGUUAGUGACAAAUUUAUUGUCUGUUUGCUUUUUGUAAAUAGCUUCAUUCUUUGUGACACGAUUAUUAACCGCCUUCAGAAUGAAGACAGUUCACGUACAAGUGUUCCAUUGCGUCCACAUCUCUACAAAUUCGCGUUGCGUUUAUAUAUUUUUCGAUACGAAGAAACGAAUAACCGAAGAAAAAAGAAGAGAUCAAUGGUACAAUGGAAAAUUGUAACACGUGAAAUGAGUGUAAUUUAUACGAAAACUUGAAGGAACGAUUAUUAACAACAAUUACAUUGUUGAAAAUGUAAAA